UUUCCGGCAGCAGCACAAGCAACAGUGGCUCGGGAAUUCUGAUUGUUACGCACUCCAUUCAUCAUCAAGAUUCGGUUCAAUGAUUUGAUUCAUUUGAGUCACCCCGUCUUGCGCAAUGGAGUCAUCACAUCUAAGCUGUCCCCCUAAUCGAGAUUUUUUAGUUUUUCCUACCAUAUUUAAAAAGUAUUUUAUCAUUACUCCAGCACAUCGACCAACCGUCUCAUUUUACUUCAGAAUGCAGAAUUCUCUCUUUCAAACACUUCGCGAAUCGGUUCGUCCGAAUUAUGAAAAAUAACCGAUUCAAAAGUCUCGAUUCGUUCACGAAUCGAACAUCAUAAGUUCCUUCAGCAGAGUGUUUCACGCGCUGUACAGUCAUUUUCGCGCGUCCACCGGUGUCUGUUCGAGACAGUAGGCGCUACUUUCCAGGAUCGCUCUUAACAUCCAUGGGCCGUUGGAAGUCACAAAUUCCUCUGGCGGGACGGCUACAUAUCCCACAUUCAUACUGCUGUUGAUUCCAGUAAACGCGCUCUAGGAAUGUGGCAUAAAGGCGCGUCUCGUUGAUCACAUACCUGCUGAGACCUAUUGAUCACUAUACAUACAUGACAACAUGACAGGGGAGUUUAAUAACAUAACGUCACUCUUGAUUAACGCGACCGACUUUCAAAACAACACGAGAGGAUGCUCAUUGACCAAGACUGGUUUUCAGUUUUACUAUUUACCCACUGUGUACAUUAUUGUAUUCAUCGCUGGACUAAUUGGAAACAGUUUGGCCAUAUGGAUGUUUGUGUGUCACAUGAGGCCAUGGAGUAGUAUCUCCGUAUACAUGUUCAAUUUGGCUCUCGCGGAUUUUUGUUACGUGCUGUCGCUACCCUUUCUCAUUUUCUACUACUUUAAUAAAACAGACUGGAUUUUUGGGGACGUGUUAUGCAGGCUGCAGAGGUUUAUAUUCCACGUGAAUCUGUACGGGAGCAUCCUUUUCCUGACGUGCAUCAGUGUGCACAGGUACUCAGGUGUGGUCCAUCCUCUGAAGUCAUUGGGGAGGCUGAAGAAGAAGAACUCUGUGCGCACGGUCGCUCUCGUGUGGGUCAUUGUAGUGGUGGGAAUAGCUCCGAUUCUCUACUACUCGCGCACGAGUACUACUAAAACAGGCUCCACGACGUGCUACGACACCACUUCAGAGGAUGAGCUGCCCGGCUACUUCGUCUACAGCAUGUGCAUGACGGUUUUUGGCUUCUGCAUCCCGUUCAUCAUCAUCCUGAGCUGUUACGGAGGCAUUGUCAAGGCUCUCAUUUAUAAUGAGAUGGACAAUUAUCCACUAAGGAGGAAAUCAAUUUACCUGGUCAUUAUUGUGCUCACAGUCUUCGCAGUCUCCUAUUUGCCCUUCCAUGUCAUGAAGAACCUGAACAUGAGGGCUCGCUUGUACUUCCAGAGCCCAGACAUGUGUGACUUUAAUGAUAGAGUUUAUGCCACUUACCAGGUGACAAGGGGCCUGGCUAGUCUUAAUAGCUGUGUGGACCCUAUUCUGUAUUUCCUGGCUGGGGACUCGUUUAGACGCAGAUUGUCCAGAGCCACCAAAAAAAAGUCCUCCAGUAAGGGAGAUAACAUUCUCGAGUCCAAGAGCGAGGCGACAGCACUUCAGGACAAUCGUGUGAUCUGAGAAAAAUUUUAUGUGUGUGUGUGUAUGUGUGUGUGUGAAUUGUGAUCUGUGACGCCUGUAUGUUGUGGAACUGAGCACAUUCCACUAGGCUGAUGGGAUGCUUUAUUAAAUUAGAGUUAGCAUACUCAAAAUCAUUGUACUGUACUUGUGCCAGUGUUACUAAUUGUAUUACUAUUAACACAUGAUGUAUGGUGUUUUUUUGUUGUGUAUUUGCCUAAUGUGAUUUUCCUCUUAGAAUAGAUCAAAACUGACUGCGGACUCUGAACUAAAACAGAACAAACAUUUACUAACUAACUGUUUAUUGCAUUAACAGGAACAAUUUCAUUGCACAUAUAACAAGCACUGGCAUUUUAUUUGAGGAUGCCUUGAAUGACACCAAGCACAUUUUAAUCUCUGCUUUGUUUUCAGUGAAUGGUUAAGAUACACUAUAUGUAAAAAAAAAAAAAAAAAUCAUGAAUUGUCUACCUGUGGCUGUUUUACUGUACAUUUUAAGGCAUCCAAGAUUGUUUCAGCUGCGAUGUGAUGAAUUUAUGUAUUGCUUUGUAUUUUACUCUGAUACUGUAAAGAUGUGUGACCCAGUGCUGUGUAGAUCAAAUGAAUUUCAGCCCAUGAAUUAUGAAGGAAAUUCUAUAACCAUGUUUCAAAUAGUCAGUAAAUAUUGUAUGUGCAUAAUAUCAUGUGGUAUUUAAAGCAAAAAAUAAAUAAAUACAGAGAUACAU